CUCAGCUGUUUUGGGUCGAUUAGGAUGUUGUUAUUUUUACAUUCAUUUGGUUUUUACUAGUAGAUCGAUAAUACGACAUGUUAAAAAUAAAGCGGAAAGCAUUAUCACUUGAAGACAAGGUGAUGAUAUUAAAAAUUUACGAUGAAAAAUCGCAGACAAAAAAAACAACGGAGUUAGCUGCCGAACUGCAGAUGCCAGUGUCUACUCUGCGUACAAUUUUAAAAAACAGAAAAGAAAUCCAAGAAAAGGGCUACUUGAGAACUGCAAAGAGAAAAAGACAGAAGGUAGGAAAAUUUUACAAAUUAGAAAACGUUUUAGCAGAAUGGUUUCACCAAGCACGAGCUUCAAAACAACCUAUGAAUGGGCGCAUUAUUUGCGAAAAAGCACGUGAAAUUGCUGAAAGCUUACACAUAACCGAUUUUACUGGUUCAAACGGUUGGAUUAAUCGUUUCAAAAAUCGUUACGGCUUAAUAUACCGCCAUGUUAGUGAGGAUUCAGAAACGGCGGAAGCGGAAGAUCACGGUGUAUACUCCCAAGUCAACGAAAUGUUGGAAACAGUGACAGAACACGUUGAAGAUCGCCAAAUCGGCGUCAAAUAUGAAACUAUGGCAGAAGAGGCAGAGCAAAAUGUUAGUACAUGGAUGACCGCUCUUCCGAACUUAUUACGAAACUAUGAGCCUCAGGACAUUUUUAACGCAGACGAAUUCGGUUUGUUUUACAAAUUGAUGCCUGAUAAAUCUUAUACCUUCAAUGGGGAGCCCUGCUACGGUAACGGAGAAAGUGAAGAAAGGCUAACUGUCCUAGCGUGUGCAAACUCAGAUGGUUCAGAAAAGUUACGUUUGCUAAUCAUAGGUAAUGAGAAAAAUCCGCGUUGUUUGAAAAAUGUAAGAUCUCUACCGGUCACUUACGCUGUACAAUCACAUGCAUGGAUGACUGGCAGGCGUUUCGUUGAUUGGUUGAAAACUUUGGAUAAUCACUUCCACAUGCUGGGUCGGAAAAUAAUACUGUUCAUUGAUGAUUGUCCUGCACAUCCCAAAGAUGUUGAGCUAACAAAUAUCAAGCUCGAGAUCAUACCUCCAAAUGCAAGCAGCUGGCAACCAAUGGUUCAGGGUAUAAUACACGCCUUUAAACAAGGUUAUAGAUCUCGAGUAGUACAUCGAUAUCUAAACAAAAACCCCGAUUUUCAAACACCACUGAACUUACAUGAUGCAAUACUUUACAUUGCAGCAGCAUGGCAAGCUAUUAAGAUUGAAACCAUACAAAACUCUUUUGACAAAGCAGGUUUUCGAAAUAAUGUGGAGUUAGAGGCAAUACAACCUGCAAUAUUGCAGGAUUUUUCGGGAUAUGAUAUUGACGACAAUGUCGCAACUUGUGAAGACCCGUUGCGUUUUGAUGACGCGAAUAUCACCCAAAGAGAGACUGAAAGUGAUUACGAAGAUGGACAAAAAUUGAAGGAAACUCCAAUUAUGUCAGAUGCCCAGGCAUUGACAGCAGUUGCUGAUUUAAGACGCUAUGUGUCGUGUGUAUGUGAUAGCGAAGACAUUAUCACGAAAUUGAAUUACAUUGAGAAUUUUGUAAUUAAUAAUGCAUUUAAAUCUCAUUGCCUACAAAGUAAAUAAUCGAAAAAGAACU